CUUGAACAUUUCCUGUCUGAUUUGUGACUCAUGUGCAUCUCCGCGUUUCCUCUCAGUUGAGGGAGGAGAAUGAGACGCGAGCCGAUAUAAGUGCGUCGAUCCGGAGUCAAACGUGAUCGCAUUGAGGUGUGAUGGAGCGGUUCGGUUCAGUCGGCUUUGGACCGGUUCUUCUCGUGUGUCUGAUGUCUGGAGCAUCAGCUCUGCUCCAUACAGCCAAUCUGCACAGUCAGUGCAAGUCAUGUGACCCUCGCCCGGCUGACUGCAUGUCGUAUCAGUGCAUCUCAAACUGCAGCGUAUCAAAAGUCUGCCCGAAUCCACAGGACGUCUGCGCCGCCGUCUGGUGGAGGCAAGCUGGCAUCGUUACCGUGGAGACGAGGUGUCACGACCCGACGCAGCCGCUGCGUGGCGUGAUGUUGGAGGACUACAGCAGCUCAGACUGUGUGUUGACCAUCAGACACGCGUCUGGCCAUAACCUCCGUCUGUGCGCCUGUACAGGACGUGACUGCAACGAGCGCAUGGUGCUGAACAAACCCAGUGAGGACUCGGAGUUAGUUAUAAUGACUGCAACAGAAAAAAAACCGUUCAGAAUGCCUCAGCUCUGUAAGUUCUGUGACUUUGAAUCUACGGAGUGUAACGGCACCGGCGUCUGCGAAUCCUCCUGCAACAUCACGUCCAUCUGCGAGGAUACAGAAGAGGUGUGCGUCAGUGCCUGGAGGAGGAGUGAAGGGAAGGCGCUCAUCGAGACGGUGUGUCACAAUCCAGCGCUGAAGUUUCGCGGUCAGUAUCUGACGGACUACAACAACACCAGGUGUAAGAUGAAGAAGGUGAAGGGGAUGGAGGACUUCUACAUCUGCUCCUGUAAUGCUGAAGAGUGUAACGGCCGGCUCUUCUUCAAUGGAGAAGCAGACAGAGUUUCUUUAAGUGCCGAACGGAAGAAUCUCCUGACGUUGCUGCUGCUCGUUCUGGUUCCUUUGCUGAUCGCGGCCGUCCUGCUCGUCUCGCUCUUCUACUUCGUCUGCGUGUGUCGGCAGCAGAAAUGCAAAGUGCCCGCGACCAAAGGCAUGGACAGCGAGACCUGCGCCAUCAUCAUGAGCGACGACAACCGAUCCGACAGCAGCUCCGCCAACGCCAACAGCCUGAACCACAACACGGAGCUGCUGCCCGUCCAGCUGGACGCCGUGGUCGGGAAGGGCCGCUUCGCUGAGGUCUUCAGAGCCAAACUCAAGCAAGCCAGCGAAUCCCCCCAGACGGUGGCGGUGAAGAUAUUUCCGUACGACGAAUACGCCUCGUGGAAAACCGAGUGGGAGAUUUUCUCAGACGCGGAGCUGCAGCAUGAAAACGUCCUACAGUUCAUAACCGCCGAGGACCGGAAAACGGCGCGGCAGUACUGGCUGAUAACGGCCUAUCACGAGCGAGGAAACCUGCAGGAGUUUCUGUCGCAGCACGUGAUUGGCUGGGACGAGCUGUGCCAACUGGGUCGGUCGCUGGCGAGGGGCGUGGCUCACCUGCACUCCGACCGGACGCCGUGCGGACGAGCCAAAGUGGCCAUCGUGCACCGAGACCUGAAGAGCGCAAACGUCCUGGUGAAAUCUGACCUCACCUGCUGUCUGUGCGACUUCGGCCUCAGCCUGAGACUCGACAGCUCCACGUCUCCUGAAGAACUGGCCAACAGCGGACAGGUGGGAACAGCGCGAUAUAUGGCUCCUGAAGUGCUGGAGUCCCGGAUGGACCUGGAGAACAUCGAGUCCUUCAAACAGGCAGAUGUUUACUCCAUGGCUCUGGUUCUGUGGGAGAUCAUGUCCAGAUGCAGCGCCACCGGAGAUGUGCGGGAAUAUGAACCUCCGUUCGGGAAGCUGAAGGAGCAUCCGUGUGUGGAGAGCAUGAAGGAUGACGUCAUCAGAGAUCGACUGAGACCGGAGAUACCGGCCAGCUGGAGCAACCACAUGGGCGUUCAUCUGCUGAGCUCCACCAUCGAGGAGUGCUGGGAUCACGACCCCGAGGCCCGUCUGACGGCGCAGUGUGUCGUGGAGCGCAUCGGUGACAUCAGCAGCGCCGUGAUCCCGCCCCUCAGCUCCGACGUCAAGAGCACAGAGGAUUCUGGGAACGACCAGAAGUAGAGCCCGACCACGAUCACCUGAUAAUGGCCAUUUCAGACAGACAUGUGACACAUGCACUUUACAGGAAGAGCUGCACAUGAACAUUUACACUCGUCAGGACAGUACCGGUGAUUUCAUUUAGCUACAGCUGAUACACUGCAAAACAUGAUAUUCUUCCUCAGUAUUUCUGUCUUGUUUUUCAAACAUCUAAACUUUAUUAAUUCAAAAUAAUUUUACUGGAGAAGCAAAAUACUGGCUUUUUUGCAGUUUAUGCAAUCUAAUAUUAAGUAUCUAGAGCACAUUUAUGAUGCAAGUUGCUCGUUAUGUAUCGUAAGCUUCACUGACGUGAAACGGUCAAACAGACGAAGAGGAAGUGGAUAUGAAAAAUAUUCAGAAGCAAAGGAUUCUGGGACAUGUGAACUCUGCAAGAACAUCCAAGAGACCCAGUGUGAACUUACAGUAUUAUAAAGCCAAAAAACCCUUCAUGUUCAGGAUGAUUAUAAAUCAGAUCAAAUCCAGCUGAUUUAAGUGUUAAUUAUAGGAAAAUAAGAGAACUGUGAGCCAAAGAUGAUCCGGAUUAAACGGAUGAAAUAUGAACUCUGCUGUAUUUGACUCUCUCAGGUGAAGCUGUUUAUUAAUGUGAAUAUAUCUGAAGACUUUUAUACACUCGUGCCUUACAGAUCAAAGACUGACAAGCGUCUCUUUCAGAUGAACGCUGAUGAUCAGUUCAUAUUUGAUAAUGAAAAUCUGAUUCUUCAGCAUAUCAAAUAUCAACAACAUCCAGUUUAUAAAAGCAACAUUUAUAUAAGAAAAGCACUUUUUUGUAAUACAUAUGUAAUCAUUGUGUAAAUUUGUCUGUCAUCAUGUUAAGUCAUAAAAACAUUGAUUAUUUGUGAAUAUGAUUGUGUGUGUUUAUGAAGCACAUUCACACUGCAGCAGAAUACAGUGAUUUACGAUAAAAUCAAAUUUAACUCAA